AUGUCGUCGGUGACGGAUCAUUCGCCUCCUUCGUUCUAUGCAGUCUACCUGCUGCGCUCUCUAGCCUCGGCCAACUCCACCAAGACCUACAUUGGCUCCUCUCCCGAUCCAGCGAGGCGCAAGAGGCAACACAAUGGACAAUUGACAGGAGGCGCUUGGAAGACGCGCACUGCAAGACCUUGGGAGACUGUGGCUUUGGUUUGGGGAUUCGGAAGCAAGAUUGCUGCCCUUCAAGUGAGCUUGAAGGGAUGGGGAUGGGGCAAGGAGCGUGCUAUGUACGAGGUGUUGAAGGGAUGCAUUUGCGCUGUGUGUGUGUGUGUGAAUGGCUCAUGAAUGCUUCUCUCCACUUCUCCCCGCCCUCUGCGUGUAUGCGCUCAAAGUUCGAGUGGGCAUGGCAGAAACCUCACCUCUCGAGGCAUCUUCGCACUCGCCUGCCCGUCAAUCACACCAAUGAUGGCGCUGAAAGCAGCACGUCCGUCCAUGCACUCACCGCUGCGCACACAGUCGCGUCCAACAUCAACACCAUCUCCGUCCCGCUCUUUCCUCUCAGUUCUCGAAGCACAACAGCGCCCAUGUCCAAUGGCAAGCCGUACCUGAGCGCAGGAGGCGCACCAGCAAGACUCUUGGUACUAGACGCCUUGAUGCGAUCGGAACCUUUUGCGCAUUGGGGAUUGCGCAUCACCUUCUUCGACGAGUGGGCAUGGGGAGCUUGGAGGGGCUUGCAGAGACAGCCUAGAUGCGAACCCGCAGAGACCGGCAAUUCCGUCUUGUCGGAGCAUGCCAAGGAGGCACAAUUAUCAAGAGGAGGAAGGAGGAUGCCUCCGGAUGACUUGGUGGGCGUCACGACAGAUUUCAGUGGAGUGGAUGGUGCGAGGAAAUGCUUGACUUUGCUCGAUGAGCAUGCCCGCAAAGCGCUCAAGCUGCCAGAAGGCUCCGACGAAGGCAGGAGCAUCUCGGACGCUCUAGGCCCACAACGAGCAGUCUUCGAGCCAACAGCUACGGUAAGGGACAAGGACAAAGGCAAAUCGAAGGCUGCGUCAUUCGGCGCAGCCGAUGAAUGGAAUCAGGAUCUGCCGGGAUUCGCCCGUUUGCCCGGUCACUGGACCCGCGCACUUCCACGGAGCGCAAACGCAAGGGCUGUUCGUCUUACGUGGAGGGACAUUCACUGUGCUCCUCGUCAGCCUCCUCUCCCAGAGAUUGCGCCAGUCGCGAGCUUCUCAGAAGAAUCGCAAGGUUCCGAACAAGCUGGCGAGCCGUCAGCAUCGGCAUGGGCAUUGCCAUGCAGUGCAACACAACAACUUCCGUUUAGAUGUAACGAUGGUGGGUUUGCUAGAGACUCGGACGUGCUUAUCUGCUACCCAGCCUCACUCUUGCUUCACCGCGCAACAGACGACCUCUCCGAGAUAGCAUAUGAGCGGCUGCAGCAUCUGCUUCGAGGGACCGGCUCGUCGCUGCAGAUGUACGCCGAGGGUCGAGAGGAAGAUGCCAUGAGGGCAGCCAUCGUCGACGCGUCUUCUGUGACCUGCUCCUUGUGCAGAGAUCCGGUAGAUCUGAGAGUGAGUGUGCGAGGCGAAUCGUGAGCCAGAUCUUGCUGGGGACCUCGGCAUCCUGCGUCCACAAUGGAGCAUGUCGGCAAGUGGUGACAGGCAUCUACGUGUCAUCCACUCUCCAAAACUGACGCAGUCUGGUCCUGCGCGCACGUCAGGAUCACCUCUCUUAUGCUCUAUGUCCGGCACCGAUGACAGAGAUCCGACCCAUCAGUCCACACUGGUCGGCUCUGAGCAAAAGAAGCACACUCGCGAGGCCAGCACGUUCGGAGCACUGCGAUUCGGUCUUUCACCUGCCUUGUCUUGCGCAAGAUUGGUUAAGGAGAGUUGCAGAGAGCCAAUCGAGCUGGCGCGACAACGACGAAGAGGCGCGAGGGUUGGAGGUGGAGGGGGCAUUUUUGUUGCCCACUCAUGGAAGAUGCCCAACCUGCUCCAAAGCACUAGGUCGGGGCUCUGCGAGCGAAGGGCAUACUCGCGAUUCUGGCCAAACAUCGCGGGAGACGUUGUGGAGCGAAGUGGUGAAGAGCACGUUUAGGCGGAAAGAGCUAGCUAUCGCCAAGCUGGCCCAGAUGCGAAAAGACGCGUCGAAAGCUCAGAAGACUCAGGCUGCUCUUCUUGAGAAGGCUAGAGCGGGCAAAAGGAGGAAGAAGGGAAGCGCGGCGGAGGGGACUUGUGAUGUACGCUUGGACACGGGCAGCAUGGACAAUGCAGGACUGUUAGACAGGCUGGAUCGGCUAGCACACGCCAAAGCCGGCAAGUCUGGCAAAUCUGGAAGCGCGCGUAGCGGUACGAGCGUCGCAGCUGACCGCCUAGCUACGGUCGCGGAUGGGCAAGGUGGCGGCCAUUGGCAAGGCACUUGGACGUCAGAAGGCGUCGAUGAUCCUGCCGCUACCGCAGCGCUGCAAGGCGCGCUCUCGGCAGAAGAGGCUGUCCAUAUGCAGAUGGACGCCAUGCAGAGUGCGCGACCGAGACCCAAGCCGCAAUUUCGGUCAAGCAGAGAAAUGGACCCUUUCCCUCUGUCCCUCCCUUUGCCCUCGUGCUCGUCGACCGCCAUGUCCGAUCAACUACGCUCCUCGCGCCCAGAGCGUCCUCAUCGCUCGAAUUCCGUCUCGUGCGAACUGAGCGGGCUGGAUGUGCAUGCUUCGCGCGCAAAUGGAUCCGCUCGCGCAACCAAGGACAGAUCAAUGGCGCUCUCGCUCUUACCAGCGCUAGACGAGCUCACCAAUGCUUCUUGCUUUUCCGAUACCGUCGAGGGUGUGCGCAGCAGCAGCAGAGGGUGCGAGGCAAUAGCAGCCGAGCGAGGGCCAGGGCCAGGGGGAGGGCGAGGGGGAGGGGGAGGGGAUGAUGGGCAAGAAAGUUGGACGAGGAUGAGAAAGGUGGAGGGUGUUGAGGUGGCAUCGUUAUCGUUGGGAAGAAGGAGGAUGUUGGAAAGGACCACUUCGGCACCGACACCGACACCGACACCGACACCGAGCGCACCGAGCGCACCUCGACGCGCACCUGCCGUCGAUAUCAUCGAUUUGACCUGAUUGAUCUAUCUGAUUUUGAUUUGAACCUCGGACUCGGACUCGGACUCGGACUCGGGAGGGCAAAACGAAAACCAAUGCAUUUCUCCCGCGACCCCUUUCAUCUUUGCAAAGAAUUACAAAUCCAAGUUGCUCGAUGCGCCUCGCUCUCUUCUCACGUCCCCCCCCCCUUACACACGUCUCGCAUACGUCCACGAAGGAUGCCAGGCCACGAGCGUUGGGAGGUCAAGACAUGAUGACAUUGAUAGAGCGCGCCAAGUAUUCUCAAAACGCCCUCUGCGCGCAGGCGCAGGCGCAGGCGCACUUUUGGUUCUGGGUCUUGGGUCUUCGGAAGCAUGGGCGCCGAGCUGA